AUGGACAGGAGCUCCCUGCUCCAGCUCAUCCAGGAGCAGCAGCUGGACCCCGAGCACACCGGCUUCAUCGGGGUGGAGACCUUUGCCAGCCUGGUGCACAGCCAUGAGCUGCCCCUGGACCCUGCCAAACUGGACAUGUUGGUGGCCCUGGCCCAGGGCAACGACGAGGGGCAGGUCUGCUAUCAGGAACUGGUAGACCUGAUCAGCAGCAAACGUUCGAGCAGCUUCAAGCGUGCCAUCGCCAACGGGCAGCGUGCCCUGCCCCGGGACGUGCUGCUGGACGAGACCGGCCUGGGCAUCUACAAACGCUUCGUGCGCUACGUGGCCUACGAGAUCCUGCCCUGCGAGAUGGACAGGCGCUGGUACUUCUACCAGCACCGCUCCUGCCCGCCCCCCGUCUUCAUGGCAGCCGUCACCCUCACACAGAUCAUCGUGUUCCUGUGCUACGGUGCCCGGCUGAACAAGUGGGUGCUGCAGACCUACCACCCCGAGUACAUGAAGAGUCCUCUCGUCUACCACCCCGGGUACCGGGCGCGCGCCUGGCGCUUCCUCACCUACAUGUUCAUGCACGUGGGGCUGGAGCAGCUGGGGUUCAACGCCCUCCUGCAGCUGAUGAUUGGGGUGCCCCUGGAGAUGGUGCAUGGCAUCCUGCGCAUCAGCUUCCUCUACCUGGCUGGCGUCCUGGCAGGCUCCCUCACUGUCUCCAUCACGGACAUGCGGGCACCCUUGGUUGGGGGCUCAGGGGGCGUCUAUGCCCUCUGCUCGGCUCAUCUCGCCAACGUUGUCAUGAACUGGGCCGGGAUGCGCUGCCCUUACAAGCUGCUGCGGAUGGUGCUGGCGCUGGUGUGCAUGAGCUCCGAGGUGGGGCGAGCCGUCUGGCUGCGCUUCUCCCCACCGCUGCCAGCCUCGGGCCCCCAGCCCAGCUUCAUGGCACAUCUGGCGGGCGCCAUCGUGGGCAUCAGCAUGGGGCUGACCAUCCUGCGCAGCUACGAGGAGAGCCUGCAGGACCAGUGCGGCUGGUGGGUGCUGCUCCUCUCCUACGGCACCUUCCUGCUUUUCGCUGUCUUCUGGAACAUCUUCGCCUACGACUUGCUGGGGGCACAGAUCCCGCCCCCCCCGUAG